AUGCGGGAAGCUCACCUGAGCUGCCAGUCACAGACUGAGUAAGUAGAGCGUGCUUCUUCCGCAGACUCGCCUGAGAAGUCAGCCUCUGGGGCAGGCACCAGGAAUCUGCAUUUUCAGUUCUGUCUCCAGCAGGCUUUGAGGAUGAAGGCUGCGGGCCUUUUGACCCUGAUUGGCUGCUUGGUCACAGGCGCCGAGUCCAAAAUCUACACUCGCUGCAAACUGGCAAAAAUAUUCUCGAGGGCUGGCCUGGACAAUUACUGGGGCUUCAGCCUUGGAAACUGGAUCUGCAUGGCAUAUUAUGAGAGCGGCUACAACACCACGGCCCAGACGGUCCUGGAUGACGGCAGCAUCGACUACGGCAUCUUCCAGAUCAACAGCUUCACCUGGUGCAGACAAGGAAAGCUGCAGGAGCAGAACCACUGCCACGUCCCCUGCUCAGCCUUGAUCACUGAUGACCUCACAGAUGCGAUUAUCUGUGCCAGGAAAAUUGUUAAAGAGACAGAAGGAAUGAACUAUUGGUAAGAGUCU